CGCGACUUCUCUCAGUUCGAGAGAUACUUUUGUCCUGUGAUACUCUGUCUAUAUGGAAACUCCUCUCGACAGAGCGCGGCAAACGGCGCACCUCGAUAUGCAGCGCGAUGGGGUCGUUCUCUCCGAUUCCCAAAAGCGAGGCAUCGUCCAAUCUACCUCAGAACUCAGAGCGGAAAUUGCGCGAAUCGACGCACUACGGCUCGAGCUACUCGCUCAGACCGACAUCAACAACUUCCUGCUGGCGCCGGUGCUGCAGCUGCCACACGAGAUCCUGUCCUUGAUCUUCGACCUCGCGCUGACAGGCGUACGCAUUCACGACAAGAACUUCGGAGAGCCAUGUCUCACGAGGGUCUGCCGUGUAUGGCGUACCGUCGCUCUCAGUACCCCGCAGCUGUGGACAGAGGUCAACAUCCCAACUGAUCCCGAACCGCCCUCAAAGCAUGCUAUCUCGACGUAUGUGGCGCGCUCUGGGCAGCUACCUCUCCAUAUCUUUGUUGACGCGUACAUGUGGCAAUGUAUGACCAUCGAUGAGGAGGAGUGGAAAACUGCGGCGGAGGUUCUUCAGUAUGUCGCGCAGCUGUCGAUGCACAGGUGGAGAAGGCUGGACAUCACCGGCGAUUUCCUCGUCUUCGCGCGACAAAAAGAGCUGGAGUUGCCGCGUCUGGAGUCGGUAUCUAUUGCAGCAAUCUCCUGGCUGGAGCACGACGAGGAACCGGACGCGGACAAACCACAGCUUCCGCUUGACUUUCUCGCGAACGCGUCCAACCUCCGUGAUGUGACCCUCGAGGUCGCAUAUCCCAACGUCCGCCUCCCUUGGCAAGACAUCCCGCACCUGACAUUUAUCCUCCGCACGGCCAAUGACGAGGAGCUCGGUGGGGUAGUCGACGCCGUGUCGCGGCAUAGGGCAGAGCUGGAGACGCUCGCCGUGCUCCGAGUCCACGGCCGUCACUACGCGUUCGCCUUCCCGCCCUCAAUCUCUUCAGACAUCCAGAUCACGGCUCCGAAUCUCGUCGAUGCCACUUUCUCUGGCUUAGGCUACACGGCGCUCGCCCCUUUGGAUGCCCCGAAGCUCGCGAGCAUCACCAUGCGCGAUAUAGGUCAGCAGCGCAUGCGACCGGGCCCGUUCAUCACUCUCUACAACGUCGCACAGCGCACAAACCUCGCGCAGACCCUCCGCCGCCUCUCACUCGAAGCCAUCGUGUGGCAAGGGUCGCUCGCUGCCGUGCGCCAGUGCCUGGGAGCUCUGGUGCAUCUCGAGGACUUGCACGUCGCGGCCACGCUGUUUGGACAGGUUACCAAGGAGUUCAGGGAAACCGUCAACGAGCUGCUAUGUCCUAGGUUUCUGGACUGGCUGACCAGGGCGGACGACCCGUUGCCCUCUGAGCCCCUCCCGAACCUGACGUCUCUAACUCUGAAUUUCUAUUCUGCGUGCAAGCAUGAUCUCAAGGAGCAGUUGAUUGACCUGGUAGAAUCCAGGAAGGACGCUAUAGUUAUCGAGGGUGUGACGCACAAGGCCUUAACGCGGUUCACGACAGACCGGAACUUCGACUUUCACAUACCCGCUCCGGGACUUUAACGUAGCUAAAUUAUUAAUUGUUACUUGGUAUAAUGCUCUAUAGAACUAUGAAUACGAACGUAACUCUGACAAGC